AUGUUUAAUACGGCCACUUCUUGGAUUUUGAUAUUUCUUCUUAUUAUCAAUUCCAUAUCUAAUGUUCGUGGUAUUGAUUGGAAUGGAAAUAACUGGGCUUUCGGUUGCGACUUCAAUGGUAAUGAUUUAAGUAAUGUUCAAAUCCGUGGUGAAGAUUGUGGUGGCUUAUGUGAUAAAACCCCGGGCUGCAGUCACUUUACUUGGACUACAUGGAAAGAUGGUACUUGUUGGUUGAAAACAGGUUCUGUUACCCAAGAUGAUGCGAUAGCAACCAAUGAUCCAAGUAUGGUCUGUGGCAUAAUAAGUACCCAAGGUCCCAGCCCGUCUGGUACUUCAGGAAUUACAACUCGUUACUGGGACUGCUGUAAACCAAGUUGUUCUUGGUCGGGCAAAGUAUCAGGAAGCAACAGCUAUGUCAAGAGUUGCCGAAAAGAUGGCUAUUCUGUGUUUGAUCAUUCCAAUGCUGUCAGCGGAUGUGAGGGAGGUGAAGCCUUUACUUGUAACAAUCAAAAACCUUGGGCUAUCAACGAUCAACUAGCCUACGGAUUCGCUGCUGCCAGCAUACCAGGAUUGAGUGAACAAGACCGUUGCUGUGCUUGUUACAAACUCGAGUUCACUAGUGAUCCAGUUAAAGGAAAAACAAUGAUUGUUCAAGUUACCAACAGUGGUAGUGACGUGAAAGCAAAUCAAUUCGACUUACAAAUUCCUGGUGGAGGUGUCGGCAUACACAAUGGAUGUGAUGAUCAAUGGAAUGCACCAGCCAAUGGUUGGGGUCAACUAUAUGGUGGCGUUUCAUCUCGUGAUGCAUGUUUUGGUCUUCCGGCAGCUAUUCAAGCUGGAUGUUUUUUUCGAUUCGACUGGUUUAAAGGAGCUGACAAUCCUACCAUGAUUUAUUCUAAAGUGCAAUGUCCAGCGGAAUUGGUUAACAUCAGUGGAUGUUCUCGUCGUGACUAA